AUGCAGCAGAUCAUGGAGACGGACGUCGGGAUAUCCGAGUACAUUGGCUUUGACGUGCCAAAGAUUGAGGGUAUCAUCAAGCAGAGAUUCACCGAUUUCUUGGUGUUUGAGGUCGACCAAGAUAGUCAAGUUAUACAUCUGAAGUCGCUUGGAAUGCCUUCAUCAUCUAAGAAGGGCGGAGCUGCUACAGCUACUGGGGACGCUACGCCUGCUGAGCCUACAGGCGUAGCUACUAGCGAACAAAAGGGUGCUGAGACACUCGCGGCACCAGUGGAGCGGCCUGUGGAGGCCAGUACUACCGAACCCGCACAUGAAUCUGCUGAGCCAACUGCAGAAGGGGAGGCGAAAGCCGAAGAUGAAGAACCACUGCAAGACGAUGAACCGUGGCCGGAACGUUUCACAAACUCUCUCAAACCCUUCUUGUCUGAAGAAGUCAUCGUUCGCGUUAGAGAACUCUACCUUGAAGGUCCAGAGCCGCCGUUCGUGAGCGACAGUGGUUGGGCUGGAAGGCAAGCGAAAGUAGCUGGCGGGACUGGAACAGUAGCUGGCGAGACUGGGAAGCUAGCUGGCGGGACUGGGGAUGCUGCGGAAGCGUCUUCGACACACGAGCCUGCAGAAGAGUCAGAAUCGAAGGGAAAGGGCAAGCGAGGGAGGGACCGGGGCAGGGGUGGUAGAGGCGGGAGGGGUGGAAGGGGUGGAGGAAGGGGUGGCAGGCCUGGCGCGAAGGAAGACCACCGUAAAGUGCUCUCUGAUCCGAUUGCCUCCAAAGAAACCCGUACGGGCCUACACCAAAUCAUACGGGACCUGUUCGGUGGUAAGCUGGACACCGAGACGGACACCACUGCGUCGCCUUCGGACGAAGGUUCGCGUAUCGCUAUCAAAUGGUCGAAGCGUGGGGGAGGAGGUCGAGGAGGUCGUGGCGGUAAUCGUGGCGGCGGUCGUGGAGGGAGGACAGAAAGGGGGAACUAUCCUCCAUACAUCCACUUCACGCUCCAGAAGACGAACCGUGACACUCAAGACGCCCUCGCCCACCUGUCACGCACGUUGCAUUGCAACGUCAAAGAUCUCUCCGUGGCGGGGACGAAGGACAAGCGUGGCGUCACCGUACAACGCGUGUCAUUACGACGUGGUAACAAGACCGUUGAGGACGUCUGGAAAAUGGCUAAUGGUCUCAAUGGUCGCCGAACGAUGGAGGAGGUCAUGACACAGCGAGGCGAGCGAGGAGUGAGGAUAGCCGACCUGAACUACCGGAAGGCGAGCCUUGAGCUGGGUAUGCUCAAGGGCAAUGCGUUCGUGAUCACGCUCAGGAAUGUGCGCGUUGACUCAUUGGAGACCCUGGACCGCGCUAUGAAUGUUAUCAAGACGAAAGGCUUCAUCAACUACUAUGGUAUGCAGCGCUUCGGGACAGCUAGCAUCCCCACGCACACGAUUGGACUCGCCCUACUGAAGGGAGACUGGCAUAGAGCUGUCAGCCUCAUUCUCCGUCACCGGCCAGGCGAGCAUCCAGAUGUCGUCGCAGCACGGAAUGCAUGGCUGGUAGACAAAGACCUCGACAGAGCACUGGACCUCAUGCCCCGACGCGUGGUUGCCGAGCGGUGUAUCCUUGAGAGCUACAAAAAGCAGAAGGGCGACACCCGGAACGCGAUGGGAGCGCUGUCAACGAUCCCUCGCAAUCUCAGGCUCAUGUAUAUUCAUGCAUACCAGUCCUAUGUUUGGAAUGCCAUCGUCUCUGAACGUAUCCGGACUUACGGAGCAGAAAAGCCCGUUGUUGGAGACCUGGUCUUUGAAGGAGCAUCUUCCGCUAAGGCCGACGCUGACGGGGAAGAUGUGGAGAUCGCUUUAGAUGCUGCCGAAGGCGAGAACUCCCUAGAAGACAAGGUGGCCAAUGAGGACAAUGCAGGAACUUCGAGCAGAUCCAGCAAGAGAUCGAGGAAAGCCUGGGAACCGCCAAAGGUCAAGACACUCACCGACGCGGACCUGGACAAUUAUUCCAUAUUCGACGUGAUCAUGCCCUUGCCCGGUAAAGACGUCGACUUCCCGGGUGGCGCUCUCGGCGAACGAUACAGGGAGUUCUUGCGCAGAGACGGGCUUGACCCAGACAACUUUGUCCGUAAACAGAAGGACUACACUCUCGGUGGCUCCUACCGCAGUGUUCUCCAUCUACCCAAGGAGCUGUCGUGGGCCGUCAUGAAGUAUACCGAUCCAGAUGUGCCCCUUGCACAGUCGGAUGAGGACAAGCUGCUUGGGUUUCCCCCACCCGUUUCAGAUGAGAAUGGCAAGUUCAUCGCCCUCCAAAUCAACUUGCAGCUCGGUACCGCCGCCUACGCUACAAUGGCCCUUCGCGAGGUAACCAAGACAGAAACAAGCUCUCAUUACCAGACAUCUCUCACGCAAGCGUCUGAAGAUCAAAAAUACCGCACGGCGGAUGGCGGCGCGGAAGAGGAAGAAGCAGAGUAG